AAGGAGGCUAUUUAUCACUGAACUGGUGGUUUGAGGGAAUUUAGGUACUUUUAAAUACUGAGAAUUUAAGAUGUCGGAAGGACAUCUUAACGGAAGUUAGUUUUUUCAGAAUAAAGCAGUUUAAUAAACGUGUUUAUAAAAAACAAACGAACAGUAUCAAAAACGGAAAUUUGUUAUCAGGAGGCAUUUGUUGCACGACGGAGUCUGGUCGGAUCCAAACCCAGAACCAUGGCGGUUCGGUCCGGAAAGGGCUAACCCUCGGUCCGGUGACUCCACCUCCUCUCUCUCUCUCGCUCUUGCUCUGAUCUAGACCUGGACUCGCCCGGACGUGCAGGAUCAGUUCAGGACAGUUCAGUUUUGACACCAGCAGAUAUGGCCAGCUGUUCAGGAUGUGGACCAGGAUACCGCAGCCCUCUGGAGGCCAUGAAGGGUCCUCGGGAGAAGAUUCUCUACCUGCCCUGCAUCUACCGCAACACGGGAAUCCUGAAACCCGACUACGUGGCCACUGUGGACGUGGACCCCAAGUCCCCCACCUUCUGCCAGGUGAUCCAUCGGCUGCCCAUGCCGAACCUCUUUGACGAGCUGCACCACUCAGGCUGGAACGCCUGCAGCAGCUGCUUUGGAGACGCCUCCAAGAAGAGGAACCGGCUGAUCCUGCCCUCGCUCAUCUCGUCCAGAGUCUACGUGGUGGACGUGGGGACGAACCCCAGGGCACCGCAGCUCCACAAGAUGCUGGAACCAGUGGAUCUGUUCUGGAAGUGUGGCCUGGCGAACCCUCACACCACCCACUGUCUGGGCAGUGGUCAGGUCAUGAUCAGCUGUUUGGGAGACCCGUCUGGAAAUGGCAAGGGUGGCUUCAUCCUGUUGGACGGUGAGACGUUCGAAGUGAUCGGUAAUUGGGAGCACCCGGGGGAGGCCGCGCCCUUCGGGUACGACUUCUGGUACCAACCUCGACACAACGUGAUGAUCAGCACUGAAUGGGGCGCACCAAAAGCUCUGGCUGAUGGGUUCAACCCUGCCCAUGUCAAAGAAGGUCUCUACGGUCAGUGCCUCCACGUUUGGGACUGGACCACUCAUAGGAAGCUGCAGACGAUCGAUCUGGGAGAAGAGGGAGCUAUUCCUCUGGAGGUCCGCUUCCUGCACAACCCCAGUGCCUCUGAAGGUUAUGUAGGAUGUGCCCUGCAAGGAACUGUCUUCAGAUUCUACAAAACACCAAAAGGGGACUGGGCUGCAGAGAAGGUCAUCAGUGUUCCCAGCAAGAAGGUGGAAGGAUGGAUGCUGCCGGAGAUGUCUGGUCUGAUCACAGACAUCCUGAUCUCACUGGACGACCGUUUCCUCUACUUCAGCAACUGGCUGCAUGGGGACAUUAGACAGUAUGACAUCACAGACCGGAGGAACCCCCGCAUGGUUGGACAGGUGUUUCUGGGCGGGAGUCUUGUCACUGACGGGCCAGUCAAAGUCCUGGAGGACCCAGAGAACCAGCCACAGCCCCCCCCACGCAUCAUCAAGGGGAGGCGCGUCUGCGGAGGUCCUCAGAUGUUACAGCUGAGUCUGGACGGACGGAGACUUUAUGUGACCACGUCUCUGUACAGCGCCUGGGACAAACAGUUCUACCCCGACAUGAUCAAAAAAGGCUCCGUGAUGAUGCAGAUUGAUGUGAACUCUGUCAGCGGAGGUCUGUCCCUGAAUGAAAACUUCCUAGUGGACUUCGGUAAAGAACCAGGUGGUCCGGUUCUGGCCCAUGAGAUGAGGUAUCCUGGAGGAGACUGUACAUCUGACAUCUGGCUGUGAAAUCAGUGAUGAAAAACAUGCAGCAGUUGUUCUUUUAAAUUUAUUUAAUCAUUAAUCACUUUAAUUCAAGCGGUGUUCAUCUUACAAGUAAUAAUAAGUAAUCAGCUGGUCUCAGGUUCUUACAUGUUUAACAAACUUCAUCUAACAUUUUGUCGACUUUGCUUUUUACUUUUCACGCAGAUGUUCUAAGUAAACCUAAAUCUACAAACAUCAGAUCUAAAGAUUGAUAGUGAAAAAAAAAUUAAACACCGGUCACUACCAAAAUAGUGCAAAUCACUUUUUGUGUUAUUGAGAUGUUUAAUGUUGAUCUGUCUGUUUAAAUGUAACUCAUCUGUUUCAUCUGUUGCUCACUGAUGAUAAUAAUCAAACCAUUAUAUAAAGUUCUGAAGCAGCACA